GCCGGCCCGCCCCUUGACGCGCGGAGGGCCGGGUCCGCCCUUCCUCAAGGAUCCGCGCGAUGAGCAAGCCAAGCCUCCGCGCGAGCGUGGCCGCCGCGCUGUCGUCCAUCACGCCGGCGCAGCGCGCCUCUCAGUCCGCCGCCGUGCUCGAGCAGCUGCGCUCGGUGCCCGCCUUUGCAUCCUGCACCGGCGCAGCCUCGAUAUACCUUCCGAUGGAGGGGGCGUGCAACGAGGUGGACACGUGGCCCAUCGUCGCCGACCUGCUGGCGCGCGGCGUUCGCGUCGCCGUGCCGCGCGUUUGCGGCCGCUCGCCGACCGACAUGAAGAUGCUCGGCCUGAGUGGCGACUUGGAGGCGGCAAAGGCGCUGCCGCGCACCAAGUGGGGGAUCCCCGAGCCGGACGAGGCCGCGGCCGCCUCGAUGGAGGACCUGACCGAGAGCGAGGACCUCUCGCUCCUCCUCGUGCCCGGCGUCGCCUUCGACGCGCGCUGCGGUCGGCUCGGGCACGGGCGAGGCUACUACGACGCCUUCAUCUCGCGGCAGCGGCGGCUGCAGGGCGGAGGGCGGCCGCAGGUGAUUGGGCUCGCCCUGAACGAGCAGAUCGUGGAGGCGGUGCCGAUGGGCGAGCUGGACGAGCGCCUCGACGCCGUCGUCUCUCCGCAGGGGGAGCUGCGCUUCACGUCGGAGGCGGAUGGAGCAAAGGCGGCCCGCCUGCUGCAGCGGGGCGAGGGUGCGCCGGCCGAGGGCGCGGGCGCGGGCGAGGCGGCGGCCCUCUCCUCGCGGGUGGAGAUCGCCGUCGGCCGCUUCAAGUACGCCUGCCUGCGCGUCUCUCCCCCGCCAGGCUCCGGCGGCGCGCCCUUCUUCGCAGUGCGGUCGGGGCGCGGCUCGUACCACGCCGACGUGGCCGAGGCCGGCGGCUAGUCGACCGUGCGGAGGCGCCGCUCGGACCCCGCUCAGACCCCGCUCUCGGACCCUUCCCCUCAGGCGGCCAUCAACCGCUUCGAGGCGCUCGGCUACCGCUGCGAGCCCCUCGGCGGCGGCCGGAUCGUGCGGAGCGACGGCGGGCCUGGCGGGGCGAAGCCGCACAGCUAGCGGCUCGCUUGCCCGUGCGCCCCUCCGUGGAGCCUUGCCCGAGCCUCCCUGCAGGCGAGCGUGCACAUCUACGGCUACUCGGUCGGCUUCGGAGGAGCGGAGGGAGGGCCGCCUGGCCGCGGCAUGCGGGACCACGCUGCAGUCGCCGAGCUGGUCGCGCAGGCGCUGCCGAGCCACUCGGUCACCCACUCGUCCGACGGCUACUGAGCGUUCAGAGCGAGCACACCCGCGCCGUAGUCCCCGGUCCUGGGCGCGCAGAACACGAGUGCGGCCCCCGGUUGGGACUCAAGUGCGCGACGCUACCGACGCAGACGGAGGACGAUCGAACCGCUUGUAGUUUGUUUCAAUAGUAUUUGUUGCGGU